UUCUGAUUGGUGGGUUCAGCUUCUGGUACUGUAUCCAAAAUGGCGCCUGCCCUGGUGUCGCAUGUUGUCGCAGACGCAGGAGCGUUUAUAAAGAGAGCUCCGCUGCAGGAGAUCGGCAGCAUCAUCUACACCUUAAAAGAUGUGGUUAACGAGAUCAGAGACAAACCCACCAGGAAGAGUUUGUCCUUCCUGCCGUACCAGCUGACCUUUAAGGAGCCGCACCCUGAACACGUCAGACUAGUGACCGAGUUCUCCAAGAAGACCGGAGACUACCCGAGUUUAUCAGCCACAGAUAUCAAAGUCUUGGCUCUGACCUACCAGCUGGAGCUCGAGCACGUCGGCUCCCAGCACCUGAGGAAGGAGCCGGCGGUGAAGGUAGACGUUCACAGCACCAGGCGACACCCGGAGACUCCGGUUAACGUGGCAGGGUUCCACUUCCCCUCCAAGAAACACAAGGACACUUUGAAGGUCCAAGAGACCGAGACCUUAAGCAGGGAAGAGUUCAACAGCUUCCAGUUCUGGAGAGAGCCGCUUCCCUCCAUCGACAGCCAGCUGCUGGACCUCCUGGAACCUGUGAAGGAACUCAACACGAACAUCAAACAGAACCAGACGUCUCCUUCUGACGAUGACGAGUUCAACAGCUUCCAGUUCUGGAGAGAACCGCUGAGGUCCAUCGAGGACUGCCUGCUGGAUGUUCUGACAUCGGACGAGGUCUCCACCCCAGAGAGCCGGUCGGUGCAGUCAGAGGACCAAUCGGACGAAGACAAAGAGAAUGAGCCUGAAGAUGAUGACGAAGAAGAUGGAGGAGGAGGAGGAUGGAUCACUCCUGGUAACAUCAAACAGGUGAAGAUGGACUCUGCUGAUUGGACGGCUCCUGCUGAUGUCGUCGUGGGAUGCCUGACCACCGACUUUGCCAUGCAGAACGUUCUCAUUCAGAUUGGUCUUCAUGUUCUGUCUGUUAACGGGAUGCUGAUCAAACAGGCCAGGAACUACAUCCUGAGAUGUCACGCCUGCUUCAGGAGCACCAGCAUCAUGAACAAAGUGUUCUGCCCUCACUGCGGGAACCCGACUCUGAAGAAGCUGGCUGUGACGGUCGCAGAGGACGGAACCACCAAGAUGCACUUCUCGAAGAACCCGAAGGUGCUGAACCCCAGAGGGCUGAGGCACCCGCUGCCCAGUCCUCAGGGGGGGAAGCACAGCAACAACCCCCAGCUGGUGGAGGACCAGAGCUUCCCCCAGCAGAGGCUGUCCCGUAAAGCCCGUCAGAAGACGGACGUGUUCGACCCCGACUACGCCGCCGGGGCGUCGCCCUUCUCCCAGAACGACAUCUACAGCCGCGCCGCCAACCUGCAGAUCAGAGACGGGCGGGGGGGCGGCGGCAGGAGGCGGAGGAACCCCAACGCCACCCACAAGAAGUGUGUGAAGAAGAAGUGAGGAGCGACAGAACGGCCCUUUAGAGAAGGACCUUUACAUCGAUACGGUUUAUGUUACUCCAAUAAAAAUGAUAUGAAGACACA